AUGCCGACCUUCUUAGGGCUUGCGGUCAGCAUCCAUGCCGACAGUAAUCCGCUGCCAGAAUACUCGAUACAGAAGCAAUCUAAACAUCACCGUAUCACCUCGUACAUCCCCGUCCCACCUGCGAAGAUACCGCCUGGCGCUACCAAGCCUGAACAGUCUUCCUUCGCGAUAUCGAUAACCCUGCUCACUCCAGGUCUUCACGUGCCGUACUCUACCCCCAAGCCGACUGAAGAUGACCCCAACCCGAAGGCCAAGAUUGUCGGUGGCCUCCCUGGUCAAACCGGAGAGCGGGGCAAGUACGGUCCCACGAUAGCCCCGUACAAGCCUCUGACCACUUCGCCGAACGAGACAAUUGCUGCAUACAUAUACUUUGACGGCCGGGCGAAGGAGGAAGUAGCGACCCUGCUGCGGCGCGGCGAAGAGACGUGGGUCAACUCGCGGUGGGUCAGCGUGCCAGAGUCAGAAGGUGGGGGUCUUGCAGAGCGCGAGUUUCUCUUCCGCGAGGUUGGUCUCGAGCGAUGGCUGAACGGCCUGGAUCUCGAGGGCAAGGACAAAGAUGUGGCCGCAAAGAUUGAGCGGAGAAAGCAGCGCCUCGAAAAGAAGCGGGCAAAGCGGAGAGAGGCCAUGGACAGCAGCGACGAGGACAAGAAAGCUUCCAGUAACGGUGUAUUGCGCUACAGCGAAAGCCAGGACGCGCCCGUCGAGACGCUUUCCGGCAACGACGAGUUCUUCACCACCGACUCCGAUUCGGACGACGAGCCCCCCAUGCCCGAGGCAGCUGGACAAAUCAAGGUCGCUUUGUUCCGUGUGCUAGCGUCUGGAGAAAUCAAGCGCGGCGAGUACUCACCUCAGUUCGAUGCACACGACGACGAUGAACAAAACGGAGGAGGAGAGGGCGAAGACGUUGAUCACACAACGAGUUUCGCAAAGCCCAAGACGUUGGAUCCCAAGUCUAUCAGCACCCAAACAGUGACUGGCAUAGACCCCCCGGACAAGCCAUACGCAGUAUUCACCUUCUUGUACCGCGGAGAGCGCCAGCUGCGCAAGAUGGGCAUCUUGAACACAAAGGAGAAGCCUACAAUCACCUCGCCACAAUCGAAGCGGAAAUCCGGAGCGCUUGACUUCGGCAGCCUCAAGCCCCUGAACGCAGCCGCCGGAACCAAGAAUUUUGGUGGUUACCGAGAGACUUCACCCAAGUCUAACAAGAAGAAGGAAGACGCCAUGGACAGCGACGCAGAUGAUGAGGACGACGUCAAGGUUGAGGACGCGGAGGAUGACAAGGAGGUAUUCGACAAGGGCAUGCUAUCGCCAGAAGACGCUCAUAGACAGGGUGAGCUCGCGGAGGGUGUGCGCAAGAUCAAGCUCAAGCGUCAGCAUUCCGCAGAACCUCUAGGCCGUCCUGCAGGACCCUCUCACUCUGACUCCACUGGAUCUCCUCUUUCGGGUACACCAGCACCCGACGCCUCGUCGGCAGCUGGACCGUCAUCCCCACGCGCCACAGAUGCCUCCGCCGAGCCAAGUUCACAAAACUCUGUCGCUUCACCUUUCAAGAAGCAGCGCGCUUCAUUACCUGGCUUCGAUGACAAUGUUCGGAAGAGUCUGGGCCAGGCGCUCAUGGACGCCCACCAAGGACGAGCAAACUCCGACGGGAACAUCCCCACCAUCGAAACCAAGAUGGAGGAAGAUGAGGAGUUGUGA